CCUGCUCGAGGUCCACCAGUCUGUGAGCCGAGCACCUCCUGAGUCUUCAACACUUGGAAGAGUGGAAGAAGGGUUAUUGGGUUUUUUUUUUUUUUUUUUUUUUAAAAGUGAAUUGUGUUGUACCUGUGCUCAGAGCACCAUGUCUGUGCCAGGAAUCCUCCGCUGCAUCCUCCUACUCUCCAUCGCCGGGAUUCUACUCCUCUCAGAUUCUUCUGCAAGGAGAAUCAGAGGCAAAAGACAGAAUAUGAAGGUUCGGAUUAACGCCACCGGUGACACUAUCGUCCUGAAGUUCCUCCGCCCCAACCCGGAUAUCAAGCUGGAGGGCUACAUUCUUGGCUAUGGUUCUAGCAUGUUCUCCAAGCAGUUCAUCCAGCUUCCAGAGAAUGGACAACCCUAUGAGACAGAGAUCGAUGCUGAACCAAAGUACCUAGUUGCUGUGCAGCCAAUCAAACCCAAUGAUGUGAAGAAACAAUGCACAGGGAAAGUCAACCUGGACAAGCCUCUUAACCUGGUGAUUGGGACUGUCUCCGCCACCUCAGUGUUGCUGUCUUGGGGGCCAUAUACAAAGGUGCCUUAUGAGGGCAACAUCAUGAACGAUUGCCUGGAAGAUGGGUACUAUACAAUCCGCUACAGAGAAAGGAAUAAGAAGUGGAUCUAUCAGACAUGCCCCACCAGCGACACAGUCAUCGACAACCUGAAACCCAACACCCACUAUGAAUUUGGUGUCCGACCCAACAAAGAUGACCGCAGCGGCAUGUGGAGCAAACCUGUCAUCCACAGCACCAACAUGGGGGACAAAAUCAUGCACAAUCCCUACAAGCCGAGUCAGACCAAGCCUGAGAAGCCAGUGAUGCCGGGACCACGUACAGUGUUUCCAGCACCGCCAGCGUUGCACAACAGGACGCAACUAGGAUUUUCACCUCUUCAUACAAAUCCUGCUCUUCCUGGAGCUCCAAAGACAUCUAUUGCACCUCCUCUGGGCGAGCAGGAAACUGCACUUGCCCCUGGGUCCAAUGAGCCCAAACAGCCUCAGCUAACACUGGACCCAGACAGCCUUGGUAAAAACGCCUCUUCUCAAGCUGGAGGGAUUUUUCUCAGUUUGUCACAUCUCCUGUCCACUCGACCCCCUCGCCAGACAACCACUGUCUCCCCCAUGACCCCCUCCAAAGGUGACCGACGACAUGGCCUCUCCCAAACCAAGGCACCAAGUGCCACUGCCAAGACUUAUAGUUCAUCUGGUAAUUCUGGUAAAAGCUUUCUGAGAGACCCAAGCUUGUCAGUUCCACCCAAACCCUUCGAUUCAGUCGUAGCAGUGAGCAACAGGAACCGGACGACUACGGGCAGAAGUCCUUUCUAUCCCUUCUAUAAUGGCAUGCGGCCCCCUUCUUUCCCCAGGGCCAACGACUCGUCCAGAAGAAACGGGGUGAACGGACAACAUCAUAAAGGAUUGUCUUUCCCCAAACCAGUCACGUGGUCCAGAGCCAGAAUGGGUUCUUCUGCUCGACCUUCCUUCCCCAUCAAUAAAAAGCCCAAUCUGGUUGGCAAUCCUAGUGGAGACAAGUUGUUUAACAUGGGACAGGACAAAUCAUCAAUCCUGAAGCCAAAAGUGCCCCUUGUGACUGCCAAACCGGUCAAGCCCAAAACAACCGCUUCUCCAGUGACCGCACAUGAUUUCACUGCAACUCGGUUUGAAACAUGGGAGAACUCAUCCUCCUUCAGCUCUAUCCCUGCAUCCAAAGUGGACGCCCUGGGCAAAGAGCGAUUCAUUGCUCCUCACGUGGUGUAUAAAACGGAUAAGAAACCAGAUGAACCGUGCUCCAUCACUACGUCUCUGAGCUACUUCCCAGCAGAAGAAGGAGGGGAAACCAUAGUGACCGGUCCUCCUCGUACAGCUCCAUCUAACCUUACUGUGGUCACAGUGGAGGGUUGUCCCUCCUUCAUCAUCCUCGACUGGAAUAAAACCGACAACGAAACCACAGAGUAUGAGGUCAUCUCCACCACAAAAGGACCUGAUGGUGAAAAAGUCUCCAUCUUGACCACCGACCAAACACACACAGCUGUGGAGAACCUCAAACCUGAGUCCAGCUAUGAGUUCAAAGUGAAGCCAAAGAAUGAGCUGGGCGAGGGGCCACCGAGCGAACCAGUGACCUUUAACACAGAGUCAGCGGAUCCCAGAGUGAGCGAGUACGUUUCAGGCAAGGAUGCUAUCUGGACGCAGUUCCCAUUUAAGACGGACGCAUACUCGGAGUGCAAUGGCAAGCAGUAUGUUAAGAGAACAUGGUAUCGCAAGUUUGUUGGCAUCCAGCUCUGCAACUCACUUCGAUAUAAGAUCUACCUAAGCGACUCUCUAAAUGGUAAAUUCUACAAUAUUGGGGACCAAACAGGCCAUGGAGAGGACCACUGUCAGUUCGUAGACUCCUUCCUCGAUGGAAGGACUGGGACACAGCUGCCUGCAGACCAGCUUGAAUCUCGACCAGGUUAUUUCAGAGCUGUGAGGCAAGAACCAGUUCACUUCGGCCAAAUUGGAGGCAAUUCGCACAUCACUUAUGUAGCAUGGUACGAGUGCGGUACACCAAUCCCUGGAAAGUGGUAGAGCCCCAAAAUAGGUCUGAAGUGAGAGAAAUGACUUUUAUUGGCUGAGAUGGUCACAUGCUGGUUAUUUUUCACCAAUGACUUGGUGGUGUGUGAUACCUCAACCUCCAGCACCAAAGUCCAAAACAUGUAUAAAGGUGUACAGUAUUGAAGAGUCAGGGACUUAUUAGCAGGUUUGUGUUGUAUAUGAACAAACCAUGCCUCGCUGUCUUAUUUAUCAUUAUACAACAAGCUAGAAAAAAAACCCACAAAAAAACAAAAAAUAGGAUAAAGAACCAUAUUAAAAAUUACGUCAACUUCAUGUAAGUCAUGGAUGUUUCAAAAUAUGAUUUUGGUUUAAAUAUUGGGAAGCUGGCUCCCUUAAAGUAUUUUGGUAUUUUGUGUAUUAUUAUUAUUAUUAUUAUUAUUAUUAUUAUUAUUAUUAUUAUUAUUACUGUGUAACGUGUGCGGUGCCUUGUUUCUGAGUGAAAAACAUAGUGUUCGUCAUUCAGAUGAAACCAGUGAGAUAUUUUCCAUAUUCAUUAAAUUCAUUAAUUCACCCAUCUAUCCAUCCAUCCAUCCAUCCAUCCAUCUAUCCAUCCAUCUAUCCAUCCAUCCAUCCAUCCAUUCCUCACCCCAUUUUUUCAUUCAUACAUUCGUUCGUUCAUUCAUUGGCUCACACAUUACAUUCAUUUAUCAUCUUUUCUUCCUAUGCCCUGCUAUACUGGGGGACUCCAGACUGUAAAGACCUUGCAAUUUGCACAACAAAAAAAAACUA